AUGUCGCUCUCGGACAGCGACUCCGUCGGCGCGGAGUCGCCGCUGUCGCGGAACGCGCAGCAGAUGUACGACCUCGUGGAGACGCGCAAGCGGGCCAUGCUCCAGUCGAAGAGCGAGCCGACGCUGCCGUCGCAGCGGCGGCGCCACGCGGGGCGCGGCGACCAGUGCGCGACGCUGCAGCUGCCCAAGCUCGCGAACGCCGACGAGGUGCGGCAGCGGGGCGGCGCCGGCGGCGGCCACGACGCGGGCGGCCGCGGGCCGGAUCGGCUCCGGCGCCGCGGCCGCCGGUCGCCGCGCGGCGCCGCGGCGCCCGCGGCCGCGGCGCCGCCCGCGGCGUCGCUGCCGUCCGUCGCCGGCGCCGAGGCCGACGAGGACCACGCCGAGGCGAGCGAGACCGUGGCGCCCCUCGGGAGCGCCGCGCAGAAGAACAAGGAGCUGCGGCACAAGCGGCGGCGCGAGACGCAGAUCAAGCAGCGGCGGACCGUGGGCAAGCACGUCCAGCAGGCGUCGGCGCGCAUGUCCAUCGCCGAGCAGGCCAACGUCCAGCGCAUGCGCGGCCUCACGGUCGUCGGCGCCAAGGGCAAGGCGCUGGCCGCGCGGCGCGCGACGGGCCGCGCGGGCGACAAGUUCGGCUUCGCGCUGCCGCUGCCGCUGGGCAAGUGCUGGCACGCGAUCUUCGCCGCCGUGCACCGCGCCGACGCCUUCGGCCGGGCCGUGCGGCCCGAGCGCUACGUGCGGCCCGAGCCCGAGCCCGUGAGCGAGACGCCGCGGUCCGCCGCGCGGAAGAUCGCCGGAUUGGUGCUCACGCACGGCCUCAAGCGCGCGAUUUAUAGACGGGCGACGGACCGCAUCGCGGCCUUUCUGAAGAAGCCGAGCUUCCUCGAGGCGCGCAUGGUCGACCGCUUUCUCGACGUCAUGCGGAAGAUCAAGAACUGCCAGCGCCGCAUCAAGGGCAUGUGGGACGUCACCGAAGCGCGGUGCCUCCUGCUGCGCAAGGUCUGGUUCGCCGUCGAGAAGGCGAACACGGACGCGCUCUCCAAGUUCAUCGUGAGGGUCAAGAAGCGCCGCGCGGGCAACCGCGAGGCGCGGGAGAAGGCCGCGGCGCUGAAGCUCCGCUUGGAGACGGGCGACAAGGAGCCGGAGACGUGGGUCGGCGAGGUCACGCGCCAGUGCGUCAAGCGCCACGCGAAGCUGACGAAGAUCACGGAGAAGGUGCAGCACCUGAGCCACGCGAUCCGCGAGCUCCGGGACGCCGAGGCCGAGGAGCGCGAGAAGCGCCGCGCGGAGGCCGCGGGCGCGAAGCGCGUCGAGGAGGAGAAGAGUUUGGCGUCCAAGUUCAUCACGCCCGUCCACCGGGACCGGCUCCUGCGGCGCUACCUCGCGGACAAGCGCGCGGCGCACAUUUUGGAGUGCGAGGAGGACGCGAUCCGGCGCCGCGCGGGCGGCUACGACCAGGGCCGCUUCGGCGUCGACGACGCGCGGCGUUUGAUGGAGCUGUCGAGCGCGCACGUCGGCGAGGUCACGGAGAUGCAGGGCAUCAUGCUCAAGGAGGAUUCCAUCUUCGCGUCGUACCGCUGGCCGCCCCUCGUGCUGCUCGACGAGGCCACGGGCGACGACGUGCUCCGCCUCAUCAAGCGCGCGGUGCUCGAGCACUUUAUACUGCGCAAGUUCGGCAAGAAGUUCUGGCGGCUGCGGUGCAAGGCGGCCCUCGUCCAUUUACGGGCCCAGGCGGCCAGGACCGUGCCCCGGGGGAAGCCGAGGACGCGCGCGGGCAAGCGGCGGCGGUCCUACCACGACCCGCUCGAGCGCUGGGGCGACGGCGGCGCCGUCUACAAGCUGGAGACGAAGAAGAGCGCCAUCAAGGCCAUCGCGCGGCGGAACCGGGCGCUGAAGGAGGCCGUGAAGCGCGCCGUGGGCCGGGAGGACGAGCCCGAGACGAAUUUGGUCGCGGCCGUCGCGCGCGCGGCCUUGGAGGCGAAGAAGGCGCACGAGCGCGCCGCGGAGGUGCCCGAGGACCUCGACGGCGGGGGCGACGCGGAGGCGCCGGCGGCGGAGGUGCCCGAGGACAUCGCGUCGACGCCGGCGACGCCCGCGGACCGGUUGCGCCACGCGCACGCCGCGCGCUUGGGCGUCGCGGCGCUCGAGGCGUUCCUCCCCGCGGCGAGCCGCGAGGGCUUCGCGGGUAAGGCCCACGACAAGAUGCGGCGCCAGGACCGCGCCAAGGCCCACUUCAAGGUCGCCCUCGACACGCUGGCCACGGCGGACCAGCUCACGCACCACAAGAGCGGCGACGCGUCGCUCUCCGCGCUCUCAAACGCGAAGAUGCACCAGCAGGACCGCGCGAAGCAGCACUUCCACGCGGCGCUCGACACGCUCGCGACGGCCGACGAGCUCACAAAACACAAGGCCGGCGACGAGUCCCUCUCCGCGCUGAGCCACGCGCGCAUGGCCAAGCAGGCGGGCAUCCGCCAGCACUUCCACGCCGCGCUCGACGCCGUCGGCUUCCGCGACCGCGCGCUCGACAUCCACGCGCCCAUCCCCAAGACGCCGGCCACGGCCUCCAAGGCGUCCUCGAAGGCGAACUCGCGCGCGCCGAGCCGCGCGGGGCCCGCCACCAUGACCGCCGUCGCGUCGCCCCAGUCCCCGACGUCCCAGAUGCUCAAGGCGACGGCGCCCGCCUGGACGCCCGUGCCGGGCCUCGGCCCCGCGCUCGAGGCCAAGGGCGCGCGCAAGGGCCGGUCGCGGCGCAAGUCCGGCCGCGAGUCGCUCGAGCACCGCAUGGGCGCGGCGCCCCGGGGCCCGGGCCUCGCGCGGUCCGGCGGGGCGGCGCCGGGCGCGCGCAAGCCCGCGAGCCCGCGGAGCGGCCGCCGCGGGUCCGGCCGGUCGCCCGACGGCCGCGGCGGCGACGCGCUAACGUGCGGCCUCGCGUCGCGGUCGAGCCCGCGGCACAAGCCCCAGCCCCAGCAGCUCAAGGUCCACGCCCCGGGCUGCGCCUGCGCGCGCCUCGUGCGCGCGCGCGCGAAGCACGACGAGGCGGGCCGCGCGUCCGGCUACCUCGUCGUGAGCCGCGACGCGCGCGCGCCGGACCUCCACUUCGGCGUCGACGCCGACGACUUCGCCGCCGAGCCCGAGGCGUCCGAGUCGGCGCCGUCGCCGACGCCGAGCCCGCCGCCCGAGGGCGCGCCGCGGCCCGCGGCCGCGGCCGCGCCGGAGUCGGACGCGGACCGCGCGGACCGGCGCCAGCGCGAGGCCAAGCUCCGCGAGGCCAUCGCGUCGGCCUCCGACGCCGCGGGCACGAAGGUGUCCUGCGCCGCCUGCCUCCUCGACGGCGACUGGCGCAACGGCGCCGUCGUCGUCGCCGGCGGCAAAAGCUCGGUGUCGCGCGUCUGCGACGCGGCCAACGGCGCGCUCUUCCCCGCGGGCGGCGACCCCAAGGCCUUCCACGGCACGGCGUUGCCGCGCUGCGUGCCCGUGAACGUCGGCGGCCUGCUCCGCGCGGUCAUGCGCGGCGAGGAGCCCAUCCCGCUCCCGGCGGAGCUCGCGCUGCCGUCGCCGGAGCUCGGCGAGGGCGUCGUCGACGUCAAGCACCACAUCCAGGAGGCGCUGGGCAUCGUGCCCUUCGCGGACCUGCUCGCGGGCGGCGACGGCGACGACGCGCGCGCGGAUUCCAUGCGCCGCCUCGCCGCGCUCGACGACGAGUACGUGCUCGUCCUCGCGUACGUCGACGCGCGCAACGUCGUGAGCCUCGACCUCCCCGGCGGCAAGCGCAAGCUCGCCGAGACGGCCUGGGAGGCCGCCGUGCGCGAGAUGGCCGACGAGUGCAAGCUCGCCGCGGCGCCCGGCGACGACCUCUUCUCGGGCGCCGGCGGCGCGCUCGACGCCGGCGGCGCGGCCUUCAAGGCGCGCUCCUACGUCGACGGCCAGUCCCCCAGCAUGGCGGACCUGUACGGCGUUUGGGUGGGCAUCGGCCGCGACGAGGCGCAGACGCUGCCCGCGGUGCUGAGCAGCAUCGCGACGGCGUCGGGCCUCUUCCGCGGCGGCUGCGCCGUCAUCAUCUACGAGAACGACAGCGCCGACGGCACGGCGGAGCUGGUGCGCGCCUGGGGCAACAGCCUCGAAGCGAAGGCCGGCGGCGUGCGGCGCGUCGUCGUGCUGAGCGAGAAGCUGGGCGUCGGCGUGAAGCGGCCGAGCCACUCGUUCCUCGCGCGGUGCCGCAACAAGUACCUCGACGCGCUCGAGACGCUCGUCGAGGAGGAGCCGUGGCUCGCGACCGCGCCCGACCGCGUGCGCGUCGUCGCCGUCGACCUGGAUCUGCGCCUGGGCUUCCCCGCGCCGUCCGUGGCGAGCUCGCUGCGGCUCCUGGAGACGCUGCCGGGCGUCGGCGCGGUCGCGUCGAACGGCGUCUUCACGCCGCAGGGCCACCUCUACGACGCGUUCGCGUUCCGGUGCGCCGACGCGUUCGCCGUGGCGCCGCUGGCCUUCGACGAGCGCGCCUUUGGGGGGCUGGCCUGCUUCUGGGCGGCGCUGAACGGCGACCGCGAGCGGCGGCCCGCGUUCCCGCCGAACCUGCCGCCGCGUCCCGUCGACUCCGCGUUCGGCGGGCUGUGCUGCUACCGCUACGCGGCGCUGGAGGGCCUGCGCCACGACGACCAGUGCGAGGACUGCGAGCACGUGAGCCUCUGCCGGUCCAUGAAGCGCGCGGGCUUCGAGGUGCUCUUCAACCCCGCGGCGCUCCUGUGGAACGCGGACUACGACGACCCGCGGACCUUGGUCGGCGCGCGCGUCGACGCCUGGGCGGCCUACGACGACCCGGCGGGCCCCCACCUCGGCGCCGUCCACGACGACGCGGCGACGCUGGACCGCGACGCCUGGCGGCGGAGCGGCGGCGGGGACGCGGGGGGCUUCGAGGUCGUCGUCCAGUAUUUCGUAGCGAAAACACCGCGGCGCCGCGCGGAGAUCGACGCGUGCGCGGCGCGCAACGCGGCGAGCCGCAACGUCGCGCGGCUCCACUUCCUCGUCGAGGACGGCGACGCCGCGGCGCGCCUCGCGACGGUCGUCGGCCCGCCGUCGGACCGCGUCCGCGUCGUCGCCGGCGACGGCCGCCGGCUCACGUUCGGCGCCGCCGUCGCCUACGCGGACGCCGUCGCGGCGGCGGGCGCCCUCGUGGCCGUGGCCAACGCGGACGUGGCGCUGGACCACGCGACGUGCCUGCGGCAGGCGCACCGCGCGCUCUGCGGCCGGAGGCACCGCGUCCUCGCGCUCACGCGGCACGAGACGACGCCCUUCGGGCCCCAGCUCUUCGGCGGCGGCGCGCGGCCCGACGCCCAGGACUGCUGGCUCUACCUGGCGCCCCUCGAGCUCGGCCGGGCGCGCAAAGCCUGCGACGUGCCGCUGGGCAAGGGCGGCGCGGACAACCGCGUCGCGUUCCAGCUGCUCCUCGGCGGCGUCGACGUGCUCAACCCGGCGCGGAGCGUCGUCGUGCACCACGUCCAGGCCGAGGAGAAGCGGGGCUGGCGCGUCGCCGAGGUGAAGCCGCCCUACGCGUACCUGCCCCCGGCGACGAUCGAGGCGUGCCGCCACGCGCAGUUCGCGCCCAUGGCGUGCCUCGACGACGGCCGGAGCCGGGGCCACGCGACGCUCCGCGCGGGCGACUGCAAGUGCCUCGCCUGCGGGCGGCUCCGCGCGCUCCUCCGCGAGUGGCACCGCCUCGGCCUCGUCAAGCUCCGGAGCGUGAAGACGCGCGGGCCCGCGGAGGCGCGGUGGCGCGAGCGGAGCGUCACGGGCGAGCCGCUCCGCGCGCCCCACGCGGGCGACGUCGCGCUCCUGCCGGCGGCGCACGCGGACGUGGCGCCGCCGGAGUGCGCCGUCAAGCUCCACCUCCGGUCCCUCGGCGACGCGGGGCCCGACGGCCCGUCGACGCGGCGGCUCCGGUGGGCGACGGCGGCGACGGCGCGGCCCCGGGACGUCGCCAACGCCGCGCGGGUCCGCAAGCCGCCGGAGCCCCGGUCGUCGGCGCUCGUCCUCGAGGCGGAGCCGGACCUCGCGACGCUCGCGGCGUGCCGCGCGGCGGUGCUCGGUUACGACCGCCGGGAGGUCAUCCCCGAGCUCCUCGCGCUCGGCGUCGUGCCCGUGCUCGCGGCGCUCUCCGGCGACGAGGAGGCCAAGCUCGCCGCGGCGGCCAUCGAGUGCGGCACGCACUACGUCCGCGCGGAGGCCUACGACCCGGACGACGACGCCGCGCUCGCGGCGAUCGGCCGCAACGGGCCCGCGUGGUACGACGCGCACGCGGCGCCGCUGGCGACGUACAAGCGCGCCGUCGCGCUCGCGCGCCUCGCGACGGGCGCGCCGCCCGCCGCCGGCGCGUGCCUCGAGUCCGAGUAG